GUCCCGGCUUCAGGUCGCGGUGGCGUUCAGUUCACAGGCGGGUGCCGUGGCGCGCGGUUGGCCUGUGCGGCAUUGUACGUAGUGCGUGUUUUCUCGUUAAGAGAACGAUAGAGAGUAAGAGAAGGAAAGGAAGCGAGAGAGCGAGUCUAAUUCGACAGACGGGAAACAACGAGGAUAGUGAUAACAGUUUCGUUCGACCCGAAGAGCGACGGGGCCUUUGUGCUCUCUACCUGCCCUGUAUCUGACGAAAUCUCUGCUCCGAUCCGACGGACGUAUCUCUCUCGCCGUUCGGGGGAAACGAGUCGGUAUUUUUUCCUCCCGCGAACAUCGAUUCGAUGGAACCUGUCGAUCACGAUCGGCGGAUAGUGUGAUAUCUACUUGAUCGCGCAAAAUCGGAGCGCAACUUUCGUAGCGUCGCGACGACGGACGUCGACAAGGAAGCGAAGUGACGCGCGAAUAAACAGAUCGGGAGGCGCGAGUGGCUGUCUAUCACCGACUUGCCGCUGAUAGAGUUAUAUCGGUUUUGGUUCUAGGAGGGCGUAAUCGAGGAGCUCGUAAAGUGAGUGAGUGACAGUGACGGAAGUGUGUGAUCGCCAGGGCGGCGGAUGAUAGGAAGUUCUUAACGACGCGGGUGUGUAUAACGACGGAGGAUCGCCGUUUCUCAGGACGACGACGCUCGUCAAACCCGGACCGGGCUCGAGGACAUCUCGUGGUCGAUAUUUCUUAGUGAUGUUUUGAGCAGCACCGCACGGAAAGAUGAAGACUGCGGUCGGCUCGUUUCUCCUCCUGCUCGUCAGCGGUGUCGUCUCCGUCGAGUGGAAGCACAGUGCUGUCCUGGAUAACAAUUUCUUGGUGCUCUGGACGCCCAAUGAGAAGGACGUUACGUUCGAGAUCCAAGUGAAGACCCUCGGCUACGUCGGGCUCGGUUUCACGAAGGUUGAGAAGGUCGAGAAGGUCGAGAAAGUCGACGGCGGCGCGGGAGCAGGAGCUGACAUGGUCAUCGGAUGGGUCGAUAACAACGGUCAAGUCCACCUUCAGGACCGGCACAUGAAGGGUGCCAGCAGAGAUCCGCAGAUGGAUUCGAGCCAGGACUACCGGCUGUUACUGGGUUACGAGAACAAGACGCACACAGUGCUCCGCUUCAGUAGACGAUACGACACAUGCGACUCGCGGGACCUGAAGAUCACGAACGACACGAUGCAAGUGGUGUGGCAAUAUCACGUCGAGGAGCCGGUAUCAGCGGCCGGUAUCUUGCCCGAUCACGGAGCAGUGCGAGGAUCGAGACCGUUAUAUUUGGUGCAGAGAGACGCGCAGCCCAGACGAAGUUCGCGUAAUCAGGAAAUGGAACCGAAUCUGAAGAUCUGGGAUAUCUUGAACAAGCAGGUUCGUUUACCCAUGGGGCAAGACACGCUGCUCUGGUGCCGUGUCCUGAGGAUGCCGAGCAUUAAUCAGAAACACCACGUCGUGAAGUACGAACCAGUUAUUCAGCCGGGAAGCAACACAUACCUUCACCACAUGACCCUGUACGAGUGCCGCGGAGAUGAAGCCCAAUUGGAAUCCGCAGCCGAAACGACCGGGGGUGUCUGUUACGUUCCUGAUAAACCCGCAUUCCAGUGCAACACGAUCGCAGCCACUUGGAGCCUCGGUUCUGAGGGCUUUAAUUAUCCGCCGGAGGCCGGAUACGCGCUCAAUCCGUACUUGGGGCCGCGCUACUACAUGCUGGAGACCCACUACACGAACCCGCAGCUGGACGCCUUCAUCAGCGACAGCAGCGGCCUGCGUCUUCUCUACACCGAUCGACUGCGCGGCCAUGACGCCGGUAUCCUUAGCGUUGGCAUCGACCCGAACUGGCGGCAUAUAAUACCGCCCGGUCAGCCCGAGGUGGUCUCCGAGGGCCACUGCAUCGCCGAUUGUACCGCCCAGACGAUACCGAACAACGGCAUUAACAUGUUCGCCGUGAUCAUGCACACCCACCAGCUCGGUAGGAAAGUCCGCCUGCGGCAGAUCCGCGCCAGCGAGGAGCUGCCGCCGAUCGCAGCCGACACCAACUACGAUCCCAAUUAUCAAGAGUAUCGGAGGCUUCAGAGACCGGUCAAGGUGUACCCGGGUGAUCACUUGGUCGCCGAAUGUACGUACUCGUCCGAAUCUCGGACAGCCAUUACGCUCGGCGGCCUGGGAACGAGAGAAGAAACCUGCCUGGUGUCCGUUCUCUAUUAUCCUCGCAUUGAAUUAUCUCUUUGUUAUUCUUUGCCUUCGCUACCGACAGUGCUGCACAGCUUGGGAAUCCAGAAAUUAAUACAGGGUUCCAGUCCUGUGAUGAUCCAGGAGCCGCAGAAUCUGGCGGGUAUGACGCUCGAGGAACGACUGGUCAGCUACAAUUGGGGGUCAAACUUCCAAAGCUUCCAGGAAGCUACUCGCAGCGGCACGUUCAAGCCGUUGUGCGGCAGCAGUAGGGGCGCUCUGCCCAACACGGACAACCUCGAAGUGCACUACCCGCGUAUCCUCAGGCCCUACGAGGAGGCGAGCGUGCCCUGUGCGAAGAAACCGUUGCGGAACAAGCUGUCGAUGUUGUUGAGCGAAGACGGUGACAUCGGCGCGCCCGUCGACCCCGACAGCGACGAGUCGAAUGCGGUCGAGCGAGGUCAGCUGGUACGCAGCAAGGUGUCCCGCAGCAGCGACGCGGGACCCACGGCCGGCAGCUCCUGCGGCCGGACGGUAUCGGCAGCGGUGAUCCUGGCCGCCGUCACCGUUGUCGCGGGCGCCGCGUUCAGGUGA